AAUUAUUACUAAAAUGGUUUUAAUUUAAAACUGAAAGGAGAAAUUGAGUGUACUGAUUUUUUUUCCCCUACCCCUCCUUCCUCUCAUCCUCAUCCUUAUCUUCUUGCUCAAUUUCGUUUGAGUUGGCUCUAAAAGAUUUAUUCUUAUAAUUAGUUAUUAAUAAUAAUUUUUUUUCUGUUGAGAUAAUUGAUCGAUAAAGAGAGAUCAUAUAUUUUUUCCAAUUAUUUAUCGAUAACGAAUGAUUUAAUUUUUCAUUUAACAUAAUUAUUAAAUAUCAAAAUAUAAGUGUGUAUAUCUGUCUGUUAGUUUGUUUGUUUGUGUGUUUUCUACCUCACUUUCCUCUCCUCCUUUUCUUUCUCUAAUCGUUUGAAAUUUUGUUUGUUUUUACUUAAAGCCAAGUAAAAAGUGAUUAUAUUUCAUUUUAUUAAGCUUUUUUUUUUAUAUGCUAAAAAAGGCUUUAUAAUUAUUGAUGAACAGAAUAUAUAGUUUUCAAUAUACUUGAACAUAUUAUACACAUUGAUCUUAUUAUAUAAUUAUUAAUUUAUUUCUUUUAAUAGCCUCUCAGCAAGAUCGAACAUCAACUAUGAGUAUUGACAUGUCAACUAAUUCACCAAUUCAUUCACAAAUAAGUCAAAAUGAAAGCUACGAAGGGGUUCAGACCGAAGAAGUAGGAACUUUUAAUACACAACAACGAAGUCACUCUGAAACAAAACUGUCUGGAAAUGUAUCAGGAACAUGGACAAAACCAUCGAAACGAGAUACAUACAAAGAUCAAAAACGAAACUAUCGGAUAGAGAAGAAAAGAGUUGCAAAAGAAUUGAUUUCAACUUUGAAAGACCCCUCAGUUAUAGUUAUGCAUGAUUGGUUAAAGGUUCGUGGAACUCUGAAAUCAUGGACAAAACUCUAUUGUACUUUGAAACCUGGAUUACUUGUCUUAUCUAAGAGUUACAAGCAAAAGAGCGGUCAUUGGGUAGGAACUAUACUCUUAAGUACAUGCGAAUUAAUCGAAAGACCUUCGAAAAAGGAUGGUUUUUGUUUUAAGCUUUUUCACCCUUUGGAUCAAUCGAUUUGGGCACAAAAAGGACCAAAGGGUGAAACGCUAGGAGCCCUAACACAACCCUUACCGUAUUCCUACCUGAUCUUUAGAGCGCCUUCCGAGCCAGCCGGAAAAUGUUGGAUGGAUGCUCUAGAAUUAGCGCUCAGAUGCUCUUCUCUAUUAGUUAGAAGUAUGACAAAGGAUGCUGCUCCACCCAGUACACCCCCUCCUACGCCAGAGGAAAAUGGACCCAAAUACGAAUUGAACGAAAGCGAUUGCGAAAAGCACUUUGACGGUCUGGAAGAAGAUGAAUCAAAGACAGAUAGGGAGGAUGUUCCUUUUGAUUACUCCGAGUCUGAUCAUUCAGAUGAAGAUCUUGAAGAAAGUAUACCGGAGGCUGUAGAAACACAAUAUUCGGAAAAUGCUACUGAGGAACUAGGGCAACAAGGUGACGCUUGUCAGACAGAGGAAGUUGAAGAGGAAAAUAAAAGCUUGAUUUGGUCUCUUGUUAAGCAAGUCCGACCUGGAAUGGAUUUAUCAAAGGUCGUCUUGCCGACUUUCAUACUCGAAACGCGUUCAUUUCUAGAUAAAUUAUCCGAUUAUUAUUACCAUUCUGAUUUAUUAAGCGAAGCGGUGCACGAAGAAGACGCUUAUGGUCGUAUUAAAGCUGUCGUUAAGUGGUACUUGUCAGGUUUCUAUAAGAAACCCAAGGGCUUGAAGAAACCCUACAAUCCUAUACUUGGAGAGACGUUCCGUUGCUAUUGGCAUCAUACAAAGACCAAUUCGAAAACUUUCUACGUCGCUGAACAGAUAUCCCAUCAUCCUCCUGUUUCCGCUUUCUACGUAACAAAUAGGAGGGAAGGCUUUGCCAUAUCCGGCUCUAUUUUGGCAAAGAGCAAAUUUUACGGCAAUUCUCUAUCAGCAAUAUUAGAUGGAGCUGCACGACUUACUCUGCUUAAGAGAGGCGAGGAAUAUGUUAUAACGAUGCCUUAUGCUCACUGCAAAGGUAUUUUAAUUGGUACUUUGACGAUGGAAAUGGGAGGCAAGGUUUCAAUAGCCUGCGAAAAAACCGGUUACAAAGCUGAAAUUGAGUUCAAAUUAAAACCUUUCUUGGGAAGUGGUGAAGCGUCUAAUAGAAUAGUGGGUAAGGUAAAAUUUGGUCACGAGGCACUGGCAUGCAUCGAAGGUCAUUGGGAUGAUGAAAUUUUCAUAAAAGAAAAGUCGAGCAAUGAGCAGUCUCUUUUCUGGAGUCCAACUCCCGAAAUUAAAAGUAAGAGGUUAAAGCGCUUUACUGUACCGGUUGAGAGUCAAAGCGACAUGGAGAGUGAACGUCUCUGGCGUCUCGUUUCAGAAGCUAUACAAAACGGUGAUCAAAAUGGUGCAACUAGGGAAAAGACGGUUUUGGAAGAGGAGCAAAGAAGACAUGCUAAAGAAAGAAAAGCAAAGAACAUUGCUUGGGUGCCAAAACUAUUUGAAAAGGAUUGUAUAAGCCAAGAGUGGAUUUAUAAAUAUGCCGAUUUAAGACCCUGGGACCGCCUUAACGACGUUGUCCAAUUUGAAAGUAAUUUCAAGAUCCAGACUAAAACGAAGCAUAGAACCAGAAUGGUGAGAACAUUAUCGAUUGCUCGAGUGGAUGACGAUAAGAGAAACGUUCAGAGUGGUUCUAGCGACAUGUUAACCGAUAGUACAGUCGAUAACGAUAAAAAAAGACAACCAAUCUCAAAGGCAAUAAACAAAGCGUUAGAACCCGUUAUAAAAUCUCAUCAAAACAUAUCAGAAAGGCUGACAAAUAUAAAUAACAGCGUACAAGCUAUAGCUAGACGACAAGAUAACGAUAAUACACUCUUCAUUAUAGCUGCUCUCCUCAUCUCUCAAGUGAUUAUCGCAUGGCUUAUGAAGUGAAAAUUGAAUCAAGUUUUUUUUCGAAAUUGACUUAAAAAACGAGAAAACAUUAAAGACAAAAAAAAAACAAAAAAUAAUAUAAACUGCAAACUUUCUAGUCAUUUGGUGUCUGGAAUUUUUUUUUCAGUUAAAAUUCGGUGCUCAUUAUUAGGGAACGCUUAUUAAAAAAGAAAAAAAAGAAGAGAUAAAGAAACGAUAACACUUUAGCGAGGAUACUUUUCAUUUCUGUUUGUUUUUUUUUUGUUUAUUUUUUAACUUUACCCUUGAUAAAGAAAAAAAAAUAACAAACUGUACUUUAAUUUUUAUUAAUACCAGUUUAUUUUUCUUUAUUUUUUUGUAUUAAGAUAAAAAGAGAAAUAUUUGGAGCCAUAUGUUGUCUGUGAUUUUGUUCUAUUCUCUUUUCUCACAUUCUUCUUGUUUUAUCAUCGUACAAGAUAAAAAAUAUUACAUUAUAUAAUCAAUAUAAUGACUUUUACAAGGGUUAAAGAAUAAAAGAAAAGAAAUUUUACUUUUUUUUUUUCUUCAUUUAACAGUUCUACUCUUUUUUUAAAGUUAACAAUGCAAUUGUUCAUUAAUCUCUGAAAUGUCUAUAUAUACAUAAAUGUAUUGAGACAGAGAGUUUCUUUUAUGAGAUUUUGUUUAUAAAAAUACAUAAGCAAUCAGUUCUUCAAUAAUGGUAAUUAGUACCUUGAGAGUUGGACGUGGUCUGGGACGAUCUCUGCUGUAGAGAAAUAGUACUUUUAAGUUAGUAAGUAAAGUUGGCAAUAAUUAAUCAUACAACUCAACAAAAACAACAACCACAAAACACAAUUUACAUUAGUAAAUGAUAGUAGUAGUAAUAUUGUAUAGCUAAAUAUAGUAAAAUUAUAUAUAAUUGAAUAUGAUUAACUUUUCCCAUGAUUUCUAUUCAAUUAAUGAAAGCAAAUAUUUUCCACUUUAAAUAUUUCUUGAUAAAAACUAAAAUACCUCUGCACAUAGAGAAAAUCAGAAAUAAUAUAAUAAAGACCGCACUUAAUAUACAUUUCUUUCUUUUUUCGUAUAAAUAAGGAGAAUAUUGGUACAUAAUUGAUUAUAUAAAAAAAAAGAGGUUAAACGUUAAAAUCCUAGCGAAAAACAAAAAAACCAGAAACGUUCCCCACUUGAUAAGUCUAUGUAUGUUUUUUUUUUCUCCUAUAACGCGUCUCUUCCAUUAAGGUUUCUUUUUUAUUAAUUUUUUUUAUAUCACUGAUUCUAUAUUAAAGUAAACGCUGUAUAUGGGAGUUGUAGAUUACAUAAAAAAUUUUGAGCGAAUUAUCAGAUGGUACUAGAAACGAAAUUUAUAUAUAUAUAUAUAUAUAUAUAUAUAUA